AUGAAUACUCCUUGGAUUGAAAAAUAUCGUCCAAAAACUCUUGAUGAUGUUGUUGGUAAUCCAGAAAUUAUUAAACGUUUAAAAGAAUUUUCAAAAACUGGGAAUAUACCCAAUUUAAUUAUUUCGGGACCUCCCGGUUGUGGGAAAACUACAAGUAUUUGGGCGUUGGCUAGAGAUAUGCUUGGUGAUAAAGUAAAGGAUGCUUGUCUUGAAUUAAAUGCUAGUGAUGAACGAGGUAUUGAUGUAGUUAGAGAACGAAUAAAACGUUUUGCUUCAACAAAAGUAACUUUGCCUGAUAAUAUUCAGAAAAUUGUUAUUUUGGAUGAAGCUGAUAGUAUGACUGAAGGAGCACAACAAGCAUUACAACCUCUACAAUCUCGUUGUGCAAUUGUAAGAUUCACAAAAUUAAGUGAUGAACAACUUUUGGAAAGAAUUCAUUAUAUUUGUAAACAAGAAAAUGUUAAAUUUGUAGAACAAGGUAUUCAAGCAAUUAUUCAUACAUCACAAGGAGAUAUGAGACAGGCUUUAAAUAAUUUACAAUGUACAGCAACAAGUUAUGGAAAGAUUACAAAAGAAUUUGUUUACAAAGUUUGUGACGAGCCAAAUCCAAGUAGUAUAAAAGAAAUAUUUCAACAUUGUGUUGAUGGAGAAACAAAGGAAGCUUUUGACAUUAUUGAAGAUAUUUACAAUUCUGGAUAUUCUAUUGAAGAUUUGGUUGGAAUUUUGUUUAGAAAUGUGAAAAUUGCUGACAUUCCAGAAGCAUUACGUAUUGAAUUUAUUAUGGAAAUUGGAAAAUGUCAUUCAAUAGUAGCUCAAGGUUUGUCAACAAAACUUCAAAUGGCUGGGUUAAUUGCAAGACUUUCGAGUAUUCAAGAAAAAUUGUCUUCAAAUUAA